CGCCGGCUGCGUGGAGUCAGCGGGCCGCGGCGUAGCAGGCCUUGCAGCCGCGGGGAGACACCCGGCCCCGGCCGUUGGAAGCUGCAGGAAGCCCGGCUCCGGGUUCCGCGGACGGAGGAAGGGAGGCCCCGGAGCUAGAGCGACGUCGCCCGCCCAGGGCGCCCAGGCGCGACCCAGGAGGGCCAUGUUCACGUCCACGGCCUCCGACAGCGAGGAAGAAGUGUGUGAUGAGAGGACGUCCCUGAUGUCGGCUGAGAGCCCCACGCCGCGCUCCUGCCAGGGGGGCCGGCAGGUCCUGGAGGACGGGGAGCGCGCCGCCCAGUGGAGAUGCCGGGAAGGCGAGGAGGACUUUGACGGCCCCGACGGCUACCCCUGCGGCGGGGCCCCCGGGCGGCCGCCGGGGCUGGAGGACCAGCUGACCCUCAAGUACGGGGCCAAGCACGUGAUCAUGCUGUUCGUGCCCGUCACCCUGUGCAUGGUGGUGGUCGUGGCCACCAUCAAGUCUGUGCGCUUCUACACCGAGAAGAACGGGCAGCUCAUCUACACGCCCUUCACGGAGGACACGCCCUCGGUGGGCCAGCGGCUGCUCCACUCCAUGCUGAACACGCUCCUCAUGAUCAGUGUCAUCGUGGUCAUGACCAUCUUCCUGGUGGUGCUCUACAAGUACCGCUGCUACAAGUUCAUCCACGGCUGGCUGAUCAUGUCCUCCCUGAUGCUGCUCUUCCUCUUCACCUACAUCUACCUAGGGGAGGUGCUCAAGACCUACAACGUGGCCAUGGACUACCCCACGCUGCUGCUGGCGGUGUGGAACGUGGGGGCGGUGGGCAUGGUGAGCGUCCACUGGAAGGGGCCCCUCGUGCUGCAGCAGGCCUACCUCAUCAUGAUCAGCGCGCUCAUGGCCCUGGUGUUCAUCAAGUACCUCCCGGAGUGGUCCGCCUGGGUCAUCCUGGCCGCCAUCUCCGUGUACG